AGAAAUAGAGAGAGAGAGAGAGAGAGAGAGAGGGAGAGAGCAGAGGGAAAGGAAGCAGAGGGAGGAGAGAGUGAGAGAGCAUACAGAGCAAAAAGGAAAAGGAUAAAAGAAGCGGAGACAGAGUGAGGGACAGAUUAUGCAGUAGAGAGAUAGAGGGAGAGAGAGGGAUGGUGCAGUAGAGAGAGAGAGAGAGAGAGUGGAGAUUAUAUUAUAUAAUAAUAGAGCAGGGGGUGUUGGGGGUGCAGUGGGAGCAGGAGGCUGCUGUCGGUGGGAUCAGUGCUGGACGUGAGCGGUGGGGUAGCAGGGAUGCUGGCGCUGGUGGUGCGCCGGAUCGUGUGAUCAGUCCCACGCUGCACUGCUGCGGGGGGGAUGGACGCGGGCGAGCGAGGAGGAGAGGAGGACUGGAUGGAGGAUCAGUGGGAGAAAUGGCUAACCCACGACAUCAGCCUAGAUGAAUUUGAGGAUGAGGACUUGUCCGAAAUCACGGAAAUCACAGACGAAAGAGGCCUCAGCCUCAACUGUAACAGCCUGGACAUUCACAAGGUUCAGAUGAAGCGAGCGUGCGGUGGAGUGUGUGGUGGAGUGUGUGGCGGAGUGUGUGGAGCAGUGGGGCAGGUCCAGGCUGAUCUGGAGAAGAUCGAGCCCAUCGACUCCGGCGGAGACGUACCAGAACCCAGACCACCUGCCAGAGACCCCGCCAAGCUCGUUACCAUGGAUACGUACCGGCCCAAACGACCCACCACCCUCAACCUGUUUCCACAGGUGCCCCGCACACAGGACACAUUGAAUAAUAACUCACUGGGGAAGAAGUACAGCUGGCAGGAGAAAGUGUCUCACUCAUCCUCUCCUCUGAAAACAGGAGAAAGGACCCCGCCCCAUGAGCACAUCUGUCUGAGUGACGAGGAUAAGCUCCAGACCCACACCAAAGACUGCGGAACCUCCACUGACACGCCCAUCAGAAGACCCGCCUCUUCUAAGCAGAGCCACGCCCCUGCUCCUCCAGUGGCUCCACCUCCGGCCCCACCCUCCAAGGCCCCUCCGGGAAUAGUGGAGGCGGGGCAUCGCGAUCGGAUUCGUUACCACACGGAUGUACGUCUGGAACCAACAGAGGAGAUUUAUCUGACACCGGUCCAGCGCAGCACCGAGGCUCUAGAGCCGGACAGGCCAAUAGCGGCUCACACUGGCCACAUGUCCGUCAGCUCAGACAACGAGGGUCCGCCUCCUUACCAGCCUCCACUGUAUGAACAGCUAAAUCCUGCCAUCAGUGAGGUAGAGGAGGAAAUGCCUCCGCCUUCUUACGCCUCUUGCAUUGCAGCUUCUGCAGCUCUGGACCUUAGCAGCAGAACGACUAUCAGAAAAACCAAGGAGCUGGACCUUGGUGAGCUCAGCUACGGAGAUGGAGGUGCUGGAGAAGCUCGAGCCCAGAGUUACAGAGACUCCGGGAUUGGCCGGACUUCCAUGAGCAGCUCAGAGGCCAGCGGCCUAUCGUACGACUCGGUCAAAUACACACUAGUGGUGGACGAGGACGCUCAGCUGGAGCUGGUCAGUUUGAGACAGUGUUAUCAUGGUUACAGCGACGACAGCGAUUCGGCUACGGUUUACGAUAACUGUGUUUCAUCGCCGUACGAAUCGGCUCUCGGGGAGGAGUUUGAGGAGGAUGAUGAGGAGGUAGGGGCUGGAGUGGGCGUGGUCAGACGAGAGGCCACAGCCUGCCUCUCAGAAGACUCCACCCCUGAGGCAGACAUACCGUUUUCCAGAAAGUUCCUCAACGUGUUCAUGAACGGACGCUCACGCUCCUCCAGUGCAGAGUCGUUCGGGCUGUUCUCCUGUGUUAUUAAUGGAGAGGAAAGAAAUCAGAGCCACAGGGCCGUAUACAGAUUUGUUCCUCGGCAUGAGGAUGAGUUGGAGCUGGAGGUGGACGACCCCCUGCUGGUGGAAGUGCAGGCGGAGGAUUACUGGUAUGAAGGCUAUAACAUGCGGACGGGAGCGAGAGGUAUAUUCCCCGCAUACUACGCCAUCGAGGUCAACAAGGAGCCGGAGCCGGAGCAGAUUAAAGUGCGAAGUGAAGACUGGGUGGAAAGAUACAGGCUGAAAUUCCUUGGCUCUGUUCAAGUGCCCUACCACAAAGGAAAUGAUGUGCUGUGUGCAGCCAUGCAGAAGAUUGCCACCAACAGAAGAAUGACGCUGCAGUAUAAUCCUCCCUCAUCCUGCAUCCUGGAAAUCAACAUGAAAGGAGUGAAGCUGGUGGUGCAGGAUGAUUACACAGCCUAUGACGCAGACGGUAAUGGUAGUCACUUCUUCCAGCUGAAGAACAUCUCCUUCUGCGGAUACCAUCCCAAAAACAGCAAAUACUUUGGCUUCAUCACAAAGCACCCGGCUGAUCAGAGGUUUGCCUGCCAUGUCUUUGUCUCUGAAAACUCCACUAAGCACCUCGCCGCAGCUGUAGGGAAAGCUUUCCAGAUCUACUAUAAAGAGUUUGUGGAAGUCACGUGCCCUACAGAGGACAUUUAUCUGGAAUAACGCCAUGCUGCCCUCUAGUGGCCAUGUACAGAUGUACAGCGAUGUGAUAUAACUAUGUUGCAUGACAGACAAGCAUAAACAUAAUCCAAACACUAAUAUAUCAGACUGAAAACAAGUGUGGAUGGCUUAUUUUGUGGAGCAAGAGGAGAGAAAUACGAGGACCUGCAGCUCUGAUAUUGAACUGACCCUGAUGCUCGGAUCUGCUGAAGCUUCAUCUCAGAGUAAAAAGGCGAUGUUUUACAGCUUUUGGCUCGUUUAUGCUUCGGAUGAGCCUGCAGUCACACGUAUGACUCUUGAAUGCGGAGCAAGAAAGCCAUCUAAUCUGCGGGUGAAAAAGAAGAACAGUUUUUACACUGUAAAAUUAAGUGUACCCUCAUUCUGCAGCUCCCUGCUACUAGAACAGCUCUCUGAACAGUGUGGUUGAGUUGAAAACACAGAAGCCUUCUCACGUCCUCAUCUGGUGUCUCACCCUCCGCAGUGUUUCAGAUACUACAGUUCUAAACUCACAGUAUAGAUAUCAUCCCAUCUAGCCUCUACAUUUAGCUGCACUGCUAAUGUUAGUGUGAACAGAUCUCAGCUGGUCUGAAACAGCACUGCUGAAGAUGCUGAAGAUUUGGGGACUCCUAGCUUUUCAAUUAUUGCAUUUUUAGUUGAUUGCAUUUCGUACAUGCUUAUAUUUACAACUUUAGGGGGUGCUGUUAGCACUCAAGUGGUCUGAUCAUGCAUAAUAAACAUGAUAAACAGCAGAUUUCACUAUACACACAGGAAAGGUUAUGUAACUGCACUGUUUAAAGGAGCUAAGAGCUGAAUAUAUGUCAGCCAGAUACUAAACAUGCUUUAAAACGGUCAUUAAUAUACAUAGGUUAAAAACACUGCCUGGCCAAAAAAAGGUCUCAACCUGGAUUUAAGUAAGUAAAUGAUGUGGGGUUGGUUGAUGCUGCAGUUGGUCUGCAGGUUUAGGUUCAGCAACAGUAUGUGCUGAAAGAAUGAGGUCAGCUGACUACCUGAAUAUACUUAAUAUAGAGCAGGUUAUUCUUCCAUCAAUGGAUUUAUUUUUCUUCAUAUUCCAAGAUGAACAAUGUCAGGAUUCAUGGGGCUGGAAUUGUGAAAUAGUGAUUCAGGGAGCAUGAGAUCAUCAUUUUCACACAUGGAUUGAGAGAGAGUUCACCACAGAAUCCAGAUCUUAACCUCAUUGAGAAUCUUUGGGAUGUGCUGAAUGGAGAAGAGCUGCUUUGUGCAGCGGUCAGACUCUACCUUCAUCAAUGCUGCUGCAAGAUCUUGGUAAAAAAUGAAUGCAAAACUGGAUUUAAAAAAAUCUUGUAACAUUGCAGAAGCUUAUUAAAACAAUGCCACAGAGAAUGUGUGCCAUGAUCAAAGCUAAAGGCGCUCCAACUAAAUAUAUUGGAGUGUGUGACCUUUUAUUUGGCCAGGCAGUGUAUAUCAGCCCAGAAUGUCUACUUAUUAUAUAUAUAUAUAUUUUUUUUCAUUCAAUUCACAUAAACAUAUGAUAUAUAGAAACGCACCUAUUGACACUGUGUGUCCGUAAUAUUGUUUAUUUAUUUGCUAUUUAUUUAUUUAUUUAUUUAUAUUUACAGGAAUGUACUUUAACAAAUAUUUAAACAAGAUAUGUUAUUUUCAAUUAAGCAUCAAAAUGGUCAGUUAUUGCACAUUUUGAAAAGGAUUCUGGGAGUCCCCAAAUAUACAGGCAGUGGACAUUAGAUUAGAUCCAGGCCUGUUGAAUUACGUAACUGCAGCUCCUCAGCUGUGCAGAAGUAGACAGCCUCCAUUUACCUUGCUGUAGAACUGUGAAUAUGUCCCGGGUACAAAAGUUUGGAAUCACUGUUUGAACCAAAGUGGCACAGUCUUUCUUUUUUAAUGAUAUAAUAACUUAAAAUGUAAAUAAUAAAGUUAAUAAAAUAAUAAUAAUAAUAAUAAUAAUACCCAUUUAAGUUUAGGUAGGUGUAUCAUUAGGGAUGUUCUGAUCUGCUCCAGUGGAUCAGUAAAAGCUCAGGAAGCUGAUCCAGGUUUAUGUCAAUGGAUUGGGUAUCAACUAUUUUAAGGCUGAUUAGUCCUGAUCCUUUGUUUUUGCCUCUGUGCUGCUGUGUUGGAGCUCCAUGGACCAGUGUUAAUCCCAGCCUGCAGAUGUGAGGAACGUUCUCAGAAAAGAACAGAGCAGCUCAGUGUCUGCAUUGUGAAACUGUUCUAUAUAUAGAUUAUGUAAAAUGCUAAAUGAACAAAAUGAUCAAUAUCAAAAUAUUACACAUGGUUCCAAACUUUUGAACUGUAUUGUCGCCUCAGGUCAGCCUGCUGUUACUGAGCUUCAGGUUUCAGAGCUGAGUAAAAUAUACAUCCAAAACUUUAACACAGCAUUUCUUCUAAAAUCAGGUUUAUAACAGCCUCUACUCGUCUCGAUGUUGGAGCUUUGUUGUGAGAAGAAUUUGAUUGUGUUCCGUACUCACAAGAGUGAGAGUAUCAGUGAGGUCAGGCACUGAUGUUGGAUGAUUAGUUUCACCUCUCCAACUCAUCUUAAAGUAUUGGAUGGAGCUCCAUCAUUCCAGAGAACACAGUUCCUCUGCUCCACAGCUCAAUACUGGGGCUUUAUGUCCCUUUAGCCCACCGUAGGAUCAUGUGCUCACAGCUUCUCUACAGCGUCCCAUUUUAUAGAUCAGUGCUUUUCGAUGAAGAUGGAAAUGUAUGUAAACAGCGACAGAUGCACCCUAAAGCAGCUGAUCUCACUCAUUAGAAGGGCUGUCCAGAAACUUUUGGACAUAUAGGGCAUAAAUGAGUGAAGGGAAAUGGGAAGCACAACAACAGUCACCAGUGUCUUUCCUAUAGUGCCUCCUUUUCUAGUAUUAGUCUAGCUUUCGUUUUUAUUUUCCAGCGUUUUAGCUUAACCACUGGUCGCCACAAGAGGAAGUGGUUUUGGGAAAGCUGAGUUUACAGCGGUGUAAAUAUUCCAAGAGGACGUGCGAGAUUCCUUGGCUUUAAAAUUGAUUAUCCUUACAUGGUGAUUAUAACAUCUUAAUGAUGAUGAUGAUCUGUAACAGUGUAUUGUUCUAUGAACUGUCAACUGAAACAGCAAAGUAAAUCCUGUAACACUGGAUUCCUGGAUACUGAUGCAUUAAAACUGGUCUGGGACCUUUCAGUUUGGAAAGCUUUUCCGAAAACGUUCAUUACAUCCACUGUGCAUUACAACAUCACUCCCUUUGGAUGAUCAUUUAAAGGCAAAAUUCCACCAAGUGGUUUGGUCAAACCAAAAUAAGAGAAAAAAGUACACAAAACCUGAUCCAUGGUCCGGUUGGUUUGCAGUGUAGAACACUAUUUUCGACAGUCCCGACUUUCAGACCGAUUACAGGAAGUUGAGUCAGGAUAUCAUACUCCACCCACGUACACAGCAAAAUUGACAGUGUUAAAUCAUGUUUAAAUUGUAAAAUUAAGAGUUGAAUUUAACACAUGGUCACACUCACUAUAGUGUUACAAUAACUACCACAAGAGUUAAAGUUUUUAAGUUAAUUCAACAAAGAAUUAACAACUAAACACUUAAUAUAUAUAUAUAUAGUGAUAUAUUAACUCUUUGUAACUCUUAUAAAUGUUAACACAUUUUACCCCACAGGGUAAAAAAACUCUCAAAAUUGUUAAUUUACUUUUUAAGUUGAAAUUAUUUUUUGUAUAUUUUCUGAGCUUCACUCAAAACUAUAUACCAGAGAAUCGACAAAACAUUAUAAAAUGUGAGCUUUACCACAUAAUACAUUACUUUUUCAUUGUAUCUAAGCUUUAUUUAGAACACGAAAGACCAUCAAAAAGCAGUGGUUCUCCCAUAACCAAAUAACUCUUGUAGGAGACCCUUAUCCAUCAUCCAACCCAACACCAAGAAGGUGAAUAAUAACCCUUCAUCAGGGGAACCACCCAUUUAGCUACAAACACAUAGAAGACACACAGAGUUGAAUUUUUAGAGGGAGGAGUUUUUAGAGGGUCCCACGUCUCACUUUAAACAAUUCUGAUUCUAAAAAGGAGCGUUUCACACCAAACCACCGUCUGAACUAUUCACUGAACAUUUGGUGGAAUUCCUCUUUAAAUGCUCACAAAAACAAGUUUUUCAACAUGACAUCCAGUACCAUCCAGCCUCUGCUGGCACUGCCUCACACAUUGUUAUAUACAGUGCAAUAUAUACACUGCCUUUCAAAGGUUUUAGGAUAGUCUGUGUAAAAAUAAAAAAGUAAUGUAUCUUCAUCACUGUCUUCUAUAUAAAGAUCUUUAUUUACUGCAGAAAAAGUGAUUUGACAGAUUUCUAUUCCAGCCAUAAAAAUUACAGAGUAAACCUGGAUUUUUGGACGCAGAGAUAAUUUAAACAGCUGCACGGUUCCAGUGCUGAUGGAUGCCAACAUGCAUCAGGCAGUGUAUACUGACUCACUCUAGUAACUCACUCUAAUACUAGUAACUCGUACUGCAUUCUGGAUCAUGACUAAUAAAUCACGAGCUGAUAAAUUAAAACAAAUAUCACCCAUAUUUAUUUCUGUUACACAUCACAUACAUUAACAAUGCCUAUGAAAGAUAUUAUUGAUUUUGUAAAUGAAUUCAUGGUCAAUAUAAUUUUUUUUACAAUAGACUUUUUAGCGUGAAAUCGUAUUUUAGGAAUGUAAUGUCAAUUAAAUAAAAAGCAGACCUCCUCAAGUUCUGUCAGUUUGCGUAGGAAUCCUUGAAAACACUUCUUUUUAAAUUUCCAUUGGAUCGAGUUUCUGAGUUUAACUUGUAAAAUUCUGCAGUAUGAUGCUGCCACCACCAUGCUUAACAGUGUGAUGAGUUUGCGGUAAUGUGUGGUGUUUUUUGUGCACCAGCCAAAUGUUAAAUCAGAUUGCCAGAAAACCAGGAGUUUUUUUUUAUUAUUUUAUUUGUUACACAUUUUUUUAUUAAUUGAUAUUUAAUAAUGUCAAUUAAUUAAAAAAAUAACUAUAUUGACUGUGAUUCCUUUUAUAAAAGCAAUAAAUAAUCUAUAAAUAAAUAAUAAUCAUCAAAGGUAAAUCGUUUCACUGUCAACACAUGUCCAUUAAGGCACCUCAGCAGUAACACCAGCUCAUCUUUGUUUUUUUUUUGUGUUGGUGUCCUUCAGAAACUCUUUAUUCCAUAAUCAGACGUCCGUGUCUUGCUCUUGUGUGGAGAAGAACUCAGAGCAGUCUGUCACUGAUGGUUUGGGCUUGUCCACUCCAUUACUGCAGUAGCAAUAAAACCUCCCAUUAAAUGACUGAAUAAAACUCCUGAUGUUUCUCCUGAA